AUGGUUCCUCAUUCUCUUGGUUCUCCCCUCCCCUUUGGACAGCCUUGGCCCAACGAGGCAGAGAGAGCUGCAGUGCUGGCUGAAAAACACGCGAGGGGAGGCGCAGCUCGCACCGUUCGCAAGGUAUGCGUUCGAGUGGAGAGGUAUGCAGCUUCCUCAAUGGUUGCUCGCUCUCUGUUCUCCCCUGCCCUUACACAGCCUUGGCCCAACGAGGCAGAGAGAGCUGCAGUGCUGGCUGAAAAACAUGCGAGGGGAGGCGCAGCUCGCAAUGUUCGCAACGUGCGCAAGGAGAGGGCUCGGGUGGAGAGGCGCGCAGCAGCACGGAAAGCAGCAGGCGAGGCAGCAGUGGAAGCUGCCGCGAAGGCGCUGCAAGGGCUGGUGAUAGGAGGGCUGGUAGGUGCAGGGCGUGGGAGCGAAGGGCGGGCAGUGGAGGCGCGUGAACGGGCAGUGGAACAUGCAGUGGGGAAACCAGGUGCUGUUGAGAAUGAUGCAGCUGCAGGGAGUUUGGAACGGGCAGCUGAAGAGGCGAGAACAGCUGAAGAGGCGAGAGCAGCUGAAGAGGCGAGAGCAGCUGAAGAGGCGAGAGCAGCUGAAGAGGCGAGAGCAGCUGAAGAGGCGAGAGCAGCUGAAGAGGCGAGAGCAGCUGAAGAGGCGAGAGCAGCUGAAGAGGCGAGAGCAGCUGAAGAGGCGAGAGCAGCUGAAGAGGCGAGAGCAGCUGAAGAGGCGAGAGCAGCUGAAGAGGCGAGAGCAGCUGAAGAGGCGAGAGCAGCUGAAGAGACGAGAGCAGCUGAAGAGGCGAGAGCAGCUGAAGAGGCGAGAGCAGCUGAAGAGGCGAGAGCAGCUGAAGCGGAGAGAGCAGCUGAAGCGGAGAGAGCAGCUGAAGCGGAUAGAGCAGCUGAAGCGGAGAGAGCAGCUGAAGCGGAGAGAGCAGCUGAAGCGGAGAGAGCAGCUGAAGCGGAGAGAGCAGCUGAAGCGGAGAGAGCAGCUGAAGCGGAGAGAGCAGCUGAAGCGGAGGGAGCAGCUGAAGCAGCAGCAGCAGCGAUGCAACAACUGGCGAUACGAGGAGGAGUGGGUGGUGCAGCUGGGGUGACUAGGACGAAAGGGAAAGGGCUCACGAGCAUCCGCAAUGCGGUCCGCAAGGAGUGUGCCCGCAUUGCGAAGCAAGCGGGCUUUGCUGUGCAGGUCGAGACAGCCCGUCACACACCGGUGGGGGGUUUGAAGGCGGAUCUCGCCAUUCAGCACCCGGAUUCGGGAGCGGUGUGGCUGUGCUACCUGACCGUCAUCGACCCACUCUCACCUCAAGACCCGACAGCAAGGCAGGCCGCAGGCUGGGCCGCAACCGCAGCGGCACGGACCAAAGAAGACAGGAACCGCAACCGCGCGCCUUGCGUCGGAAUCUUAGAUAUGGCGGUGGAGACGUAUGGGGGCUGCUCACCCGGAGUGAUGGAGUUUCACCGCCUCUGUGCCAACCUUGGGGCCAAGCGGCUGUACAACGCUGGGCGGGGUUUACGGGUGGAAGAGAAGCUCUACCACUCCUACCGGCAGCGCUUUUCCGUCGCACUGCAGCGCGCUGUAGCAAACGCGCUCAUGGCCCAAGCAGGCCUCAUGGCCUGUGGGGCAUGCGGCGGUUUUGAGGCAUGUGAUACGACGGCUUUUGAGGCCAAGGCAGCCCAUUCAGCCUACGAGGAGGAGCCUCUUAGCCUCGGGGAUCUCAUGCAAGUGAUCGAGCCGUGGUAUUAG